CCGUCUCCCCCCUCGGCCCCGCCCCCUGCCACCAUGCUGUGGUCACGCUGCUGGUGGAGAGCCUGAGGAAGCAGACUCUGGAAGGCGACCCUGCUCAGCCGGGGGACUUCUACCUGUCCCUGCUGGACCCGAAAACCCUCGCAGAGUGCUGGCCCCCAGAUGGCUUGAUGCCUGAGAGCAGCUACUGGCAGCUCUGCCCUCCCUCCAAGUCCGGCCUGCAGGGGGGGUUGCUGAGCUCUAGUUUCCCCCCCGGCCCCGUGCCCCUGGUGCCCCCAGAUGCUCACCUGCAGGAGGGGGGCGACCCCCUGGACGGCCCCCCCUCCCAGCCGCAGCAGCAGCACCGGCCCCUGGCGCCCAGCACCUCAGCGUCCGAGCUGUCCCUCCCCGGAGCGGCGGCGGCGGCGGCGGCCCCUCCCGGUCCCGGUCCCCCUCCCCCUCCUCCCCCGCCCCCCAAACGCCACUGCCGCUCGCUGUCGGUGCCCGAGGACCUGUCGCGCUGCCGCUACACCUGGCGGCCCAGCGCCUCGCGGGUCUGGACUCCCGUCAGUCGCCAGCAGUGCCACGGAGGAGCGGGGGGAGGGGUCACGGGUGGGGGGGCGGGUCCAGGAGGAGGAGGGGGUAUAGGGGCGGGUGCGGCGGGGGGAGGAGCCUGUCCCCUCCGCGCUCCCAGCUCCUCUCUGAACUCGUCGCUGCACUCCUCGUCCAGCCCCACCUUCUUCAGCCUGGCGCUGUCUCCGGACUCGCCGCUGCCCUGGAGCUUCCCCUGGGACCCCAGCGAGGCGGCGGCGGGGGGAGGAGCCUGCUGCUGCUUCUUCCCCUCGCCGUCCUCCUGCUCCUCCUCGCCCUCCCCGCUCCACCCGCCUCCCCCUCCUCAGAGGCGUUUCUCCCUCUCGCCCGUGCUCAUCAGAGACUCGGCGGCCUCCACCUCCUUCCUGCCUCCGCCUCCCGUGCCGAGCCAAGCGGCGCCGCCUCCCCCGGGCUGCUCCGCCGCCGCUGCCGCCCUGCCGCCGCUGCCGCCGGAGCGACGGCGGGGGGGGGGCCCGGUGCCCGCUUCGCCCUCCUCGGCCUGCAGCACGCCGUCGUCCCUGCGCCGCAGCCUGCCGCCGCAGCUGCCGCGCUGCCACUCGCAGCCCUGCGACCUGCUGCUGCUCAAACCGGGACUGAAGAGACGCCGCGACCCCGACCGGCCCUGCGCCCGCCCCGUCCUCGACUUCACCAAGAUGACUCAGACCCGCAGCAUCGACCCGCAGUGUUUGGAGCGCGGUGGCGGCGGCAGGCUGGCGUGCGGCGGUGACGUCUGCAUGGGCAUGGAGUCCUUCAUGAGCGACUUCCGAGGCUCCUGCUCGCCGGCCGAGUGCCUGGGCAGGACCAGCAUCGGGCCGCUGAGCGAGAGCGACGAGGAGUGCCGCGAGGACGACGGCGACGACGAGGAGGAGGACGAGGACGGGGAGGAGGACGCGGACGAGCGCGAGGCGGCGCAGCAGCAGGCGGCGGUGUUUGAGCGGGAUUGUACAGAACUCGACUUGAACUUGAUAGAAGAAAACUGACGUAUUUGUAAACUGAAGGCUGUUCUUUGUUUCAGGUUUUUAGUUGCGUUUUUUUAUUUGGAAUCGAUCUGAAGCCCGCCCCCCUACUUCCUGGACGACACCGUCUCAACACUCCGGGCCCUGCGCGCCUCCUUGCCACCAAUCAGCAAGGCUCUCAGGAACAACACCUUCUCUCAUUGGAUGAGCUGGGGUAAACCGAAGCUGAUUGACAACGACAGUGAUGAUGUGACUACCGCCGACGGACUCGGCGCCUGUGACGAGAGGAAACCUCCGCGCUCUGAAUCCGGUCUCUCUCUCUUGUUCCGAGACCGGAUUCAGACUGUCCCCGGGUGUCCCCUCGCCGUCCCCCGCUUACCGGCGUCCAGGCGUCUUCCAACACACAACAGCCGCCGAGUCUCUUGUUAACACGCUUCAGUCUGACGAGGAGCUCGCCGCACAGCAGCAGCAGCAGCAGCAGCGUUUCCACCUGACGCAUCGUCACGCCAACAGAACGACGCACGCCGACACGCCUGAGCAGAUAUCACACACACACACACACACACACACACACACACAC